AUGUCUCAGUCUGAUCGAGGUGUCACUGCCUGUGCCUACCAGCUACAUCGAUCUGUUCCAGCUGAUCGAUGGUGCGUCACGGGCUUUGACCUGGCAUUCUUGCGUCACGAGGUGGAGGAUGCACUUCGCAGUGGCCAGAUCUCGCCACAGCCAGACGACGAUAUCUCUGAGGGGUAUGGGCCCAGCAUCUACACCGUUAAUGAGCAGUAUAUCAAACCCGUGACCCAUCACGCGGGGAAAAUGAGCUGGGCCCUGAUGCGACAUCCGGAGGGCUUGGAGUGCGAUGUGUUCGUCAGCCACGCUUGGCAGGAAGGCGUCUUUGAGUUUCUGACUAAAGUAAGGCACAGCUGGCCAAGGGGACUGCAAACUGCUUGGUGCUGCAUGUUGGCCAACCCACAGAACUUGGACAUUUCUUCAUUUUUGCAGUCUCCGGAGACUUCACCAUUUGCAGUUGCACUGAGGGCCGCUGAAGUUACCCUGGUGGUACCAAACCGGCACCAGAGUGUGUACACCCGUCUGUGGUGUGCUUAUGAAGCCUAUCUCGCCCAAGAAGAGGGCAAAACCAUUCUCAUUGCCAAAUCCUCCAAUCGCUAUAAGAUAUUGCGGGCCUUACGUUGGAUGGUCUUGGCUGCCAUCUUUGGUGCGUUUUUCGGCAUCGCGGCCAGCUUUCUGAGCCUUGGGCAGCCAUAUGUAGUUCCGGCUCCGUUCGCCAUCAUGGCGCUCGGAUUCAGCCUGGUGAUCAACAAGGACGUGUUUAGAUGGGUGAUGCAUCUUCUUGGGCAGCUACUUUGCUGGGUUCAAGUGGCGCAUGACUUUGGCGGCCAUUUCUUGCUUCCUCAACAACAUCCUGGCAUCUCACGUCAAGAGACUCAAGUGCUGAAUCUGUGCUUUUGGGUGAUGGUUGCAGUUGGUUUCUGCGUGAUGGAGGUGGAUCGCAUCAAUGCCCGGUGUACGGUGUCAGAAGCAGAAGAACUCCGGCAAGGCUAUCGAGGUUCCAUUCAGUACGCCACAUGUUCGAAAGAAGCGGAUGCUGCAAGCAUUCUCAAGGAGAUCGGCGAUGAGUUGCAUCAUGUUGAUCAUGCAAUUCACGUCCUGCUGACAGCGGGCAUGUCAACUCCAGCGUUGAGGGAGAUCGCCGAAGCUGUGGAGAUCGAGGGUGCAGCUUUUGCAGAGAUCUCCGGGGCAUUUUUGUCCCUGGGCCCCUUUGGCUCGAUGGCCGUGGCGCUGACGCUGCUUGACUUCCUGAAGGGCAGAGGCCAUGGGUAUCAGGUGGCUCUUGCCACUGCAUCUCUCUUGCUCAGACUCUUGCUCUUGGUAUUGCUUUGCCGACGUCGCAGGGACGAGCAGCGCUUCAUUCUGAAGGUCAUGAACAAGUUGGUGUUUGUGGCAGUUCUCGGCUGGACUCUUCUGGUGUGCCUGUAUAUGUUCCAUUUGAGUACGAGGGUUGUCUUUUCUCUGUGGCUCCUCAUCACGGACCUCUGCUUGCUCCUCAUCAUGUGCUUCGCGCUCUUGGGUAUUCGAGGUACUGCGCUACUUCCUCUUGGCUUCUCCGUCCUGCGGAUCUUCUUCAGCAGAGGCAACAAUGCAUGGGAUGCCCUGGAAGGAGUAUGUGCAGAAGUGGACGCCGACGAGACGUCUGAAACCGACUCCGACUAA